AUGGCUUCCUCGAUUGUUUUCCUCUCGUCGUUCCUUUUCACUUUGACAACUGCUCAAACCCUCAGCACGGUUCCAGAGGUACAUCCCACAUUACAAACAUGGGAAUGCACGUUAGCCGGUGGAUGCGUAUCGAAAAUCUCUCAAAUCGUUCUUGAUCAAUUGGCUCAUCCUCUCUAUCAAAAAGACAAUCCAACUUUGGAUUGCGGGGUGUUUGGGAACGGUCCAAACAGUACCGUUUGUCCUGACGAGAAGACUUGUGCUCAAAAUUGUAUUGUCGAUGGAAUUCCGGAUUACUCCAAGUUCGGAGUUCGGACAAAUGGUAGCUCGUUGUUGAUGAAUCAAAUUGAGGGUGAAAAGAAUGUUUCACCACGUGUUUAUCUCUUAGAUGAAGCAGGUGAAAAUUACGAAAUGUUGAGCCUGACCGGAAGAGAAUUUGCGUUCAAUGUGGAUGUUACCAAGCUUCCUUGUGGUAUGAAUGGAGUUUUAUACCUGGUCGAGAUGGUAAAUUGCUUCCUUUCCCUUUUUCACCUUCCCCUUCAUGGUAGCUCGAAAACGUUUUCUCGUUAAUACGGUUUUCUUUCAUGAAGCUCUGAGUACCAACUGAGAUAUGGGGACUGACUUUGUGGUAUUUCACAGGAAGCGGAUGGUGGAAAUCUGAAAUAAAUACUGCUGGCGCUGCAAUUGGCUCUGGUUACUGCGAUGCCCAGUGCUAUACUCUUCCAUUCAUCAAUGGCGAGGUUAUUACUCCUCUUUCGCAUACAAAUAACAUUAUUUAACUAAUUGUAAUAGGCAAAUAUUCCCGCUCACGGGUCCUGUUGUAACGAAAUGGAUAUCUGGGAAGCAAACUCGGUAAUCAACCUCAUCCCCAAUAUCUUUGCUCGCUUCUAAAAUGAUUAUAGAGAGCCAACUCGAUCGCUCCACAUACCUGUAGCAAACCCGGUUUAUACAGAUGCACUGGACCAGAAUGUGAAUUUGACGGUGUAUGUGAUGAAUGGGGAUGCUCCUAUAACCCUUACGCUCUUGGCAACAAAGAAUAUUACGGCCUAAAAUUCACUGUGGAUACCACUCGACCUUUCACCGUCGUAACACAAUUUCCAGCCGAUGCAUCAGGAACAUUGACAGCCAUUCGAAGGCUCUAUAUUCAAGAUGGAAAGGUCAUCAACAACGCAGCAGUAAACAUCAAUGGGAUUGCGCCAUUUGACGAGCUCAACACUGAAUAUUGUUCCCGACCAGGAGGAGGAACUUUUAUUCCACUUGGUGGGAUGCCUGUUAUGGGUGAAGCGCUCAGUCGAGGGAUGGUUCUUGCAUUUAGCAUUUGGUGGGAUAUUGGUGGAUUUAUGAACUGGCUUAACAGUGGGGACGUCGGGCCUUGUAAUGCAACUGAGGGAAAUCCAGAGGUGAUUGUUCAAAUAGAACCAAACCCUGCUGUGGUUUUCAAUGAGGUCAAGUGGGGAGAGAUUGGCUCCACCUUUUCUGCGUAGUCUGCGCAGUGCUGGGAAGGGUGAGGGGAUAAAUAUG